GCUUGUCCUGGGCCGUCAUUCCCAUCUCUUCUCUUCGCUGUCAUCAACAACGAGCACCGUCUUUUCCGAAAUUGUCCAUAUUCUCCCCAGCUUUCUACUAUUCCGUUUCCUUAGCGCUCUGAAGCUUCCAAUAAUUCAAACCAGGUUUCUCCAGCAAUUAGCAAGAGACGUUCUGUAGAGGAGAGGAUUUCUGUUGACAUCCAUGUCAGAACAACCUUUACAACCUAUUCUCGCAGCGCAACCCGAGAAUGGGGAAAACACGGAGCAAGCGCAGUCACAAGGACCUCCGGCACCAACGCCGAUAACGGAGCAGGAAGUAGGGGAAUACAGGGAGCAGGAUCGGUUUUUACCCAUAGCCAACGUCUCUCGUCUCAUGAAAUCUGCCGUUCCUCCCACUGCAAAGAUCGCCAAAGAUGCCAAAGAAUGCGUACAAGAAUGCGUUUCUGAAUUCAUAUCGUUCAUCACAUCGGAGGCGGCUGAAAAGUGUAUGAUGGAGAAGAGAAAGACGAUUGGUGGGGAAGAUAUACUGUAUGCGAUGUCAACAUUGGGGUUUGAGAACUAUGCGGAGACUUUGAAGAUACAUUUAGCAAAACUCAGAGCUCACCAGAGUGGGAAUCCGGGGACGGCUAGUGGUGGGAGAGCGAACAACGGUGAGGAUAAUUAGAUGCCUAGAGGAUCUACGCCAUGCUUUUUCUGUGUACGUUGCAGUUAUUUAUCUCUUCCACAAAUGCUUUGUAUUAUACCGUUGCAGCAAGACAGUUCAGUAACAAUAUUCGUAUACCGUGUUUAUUCAUCAUUAUUGCGACGCGUCGACGCGUUAGCCAAUGAGGAGCGGAGAUGGUGACGAUUGGUUGGGACUUAUUUCGC